AUGACGCUUGAGGGUGGGAUGGGCGACAGCGUGUCAGUACUGCUUGAGCCAGAAAACACUCCUACGUGGACAAUUCAGACGGUGACAUUCAAGGCGCCCAAGGACCUCUCUGGCAACUCUCGGCUCAAACUGGUGUGCAACCGCCACCAAGUCAUCUUCAUUGACGGCGCCCGUGCGCCCCGUGCCGACGGCCUUACUGGCCAGGAUGAUGAUGCGGAGCAGCAGCUCAAGGACGAAAAUAACAAGAGGCUGAGACAGCUCGUUGUUGUCAACCGUAGCCCCAUCAUCAGUAUCAACGACUUUCACGCGGCCACGGGCUCUCAUCCCGCCAUGCCUUUCAACUUGUUUGUACCACUCCAGAAUAGCAAAAGCCAAGAAGAUCCUCGCCAUCUCAAGUACAUUGGCUGGAUUGACCCCACAGAGCCUGCCACCCCGAGUCCCAGUCUCAAGCAGGAGUCUCCGGAGAACUACAAAUUGAUCUGUUGGGCGGCCGAGGUGCAUUAUCAGGUCUUGUUAGCUCCAACGCUGAAUACUUGGAAUCAGUAUUUUAUGAAGAUAAAUUGGGGUCUGUAG